AUGGGCCAUCAACAGAUCCCUACGCCCCAAUCCUCAUAUCAAACUUACGGAGGAAAUAUGUACCAAGCACCUGGAACUGGCUUCGAAGAUGCAAUGCAACAGAUGUCAGUCUAUGGGACUCAGUCGCAACCACAACAGUAUCCAAGACAGAGCCUCUCGCAACCUAACAACGAGUAUCCGGCGCCGCUUCAGAAUCGUACCGAAGUUUUGUAUAUGCAAGUGUUCGUGGAAGAAGUUGGGCUUUGGAUGGACAGCAUGGACGCCGAGAAGCACUUUUCAAGACUGAUCCCGUUCCAGGCGCUGCAGGAGCCGAUGCUGAAGUACGCUAUACUGGCGUGUGGCGUGCGGCAUCUGACACUGGUUAAUCCGACGUCUUACCCGGAGGAACAUGCCCUGAACUACUACAAUUCGGCCACACAACUGCUAUUGAAGUCGCUGCAGAAUCCUGACCGCGACAGUAUACUAUGCGCAACGACAGCCACAAUUCUCAACGUGUACGAAGUUAUGUCAGAAAAGGCGCUCCAACGAAUGAAUCACAUUGCUGGCGCCCGCGCGCUCAUCAAGGAGUGUCGGUGGGAUGCCAAUGCGACUGGCAUAGGAGCAGCAUGCUUCUGGCUCAAUGUUGGCCUCGAGCUCUUUAGCUGUUUACACUUCAAUUGGGGCAUCGCCUGGGAUCCUGACACCUGGGGGAUUGAGAUGACCAUGAACCCGCAAGCCGUUGGCGGCAAUGAAGAAGACUGGACACACAAGAUACUGUGGAUUCUGGCCAAAGUCACGAAUUUCAGAUCGAAGGCACCUCGCUUCCAGGAGCAGACAGUACAGGCCGAGCAACUGCGCAUGCAGCAGAGAUAUCAGGAAUGGCUCGGACUGAAACAGUUUUGUGAGCGCUGGGAGAGAUGUGUCCCUCCAACAAUGCACGCAAUGGCCAACAUACCGGCAUACGUCGGAACCUCGAAGAGCGCAUUCCCUGAGGUGUGGUUCAUCAAGCGCACCACGAUUGUCGCAAAUUUGUUCUACCACACAGCGAUGGCUCUGCUAGGCGCAGUGUAUCCAAUUACCAAUAUUGACCAACAGACAGCCGCAGAGAUGGCCGAACUGCGCCAGUAUCACUCUCGUCAAAUUUGUGGUAUUGUUGCCCACGUCAAAGACCGUGGCGUUGCAUCAGCAUCGAUUCGAUGCUUGGCUGUUGCAGCCGACAGCCUGACUAUCAGGCGCGAGCAGGAUGAGGUGCUUGAGAUCUUCGAGAAGAUCAAGAAGGAGACUGGCUGGCGCGUUGACUUCAUCGGCAAUGAGUUGAAAGAGAAAUGGGGCUGGAAGACCGAGUACGAUGACAAUGCAGCAUCUGCAUUCUACCAACAAAUACAAGCAGCUCCGCCCGCGGUCAACAGUCGUCCCAAGUUCCCAUCCGGCAUUGUUAAUCCGCUCUACCAGAAUGCCGACUUUGCGGCGUCGAAUCCCCCAUACCAGGGCAGCUACGUGCCACCAGCUCUACACAACCCACGGAUGUUUGGUUUCACGGGUAUAGCGGCGAUGUAG